UGAGAGGGGAGCGCUGGCCGCGCUUAGCAUGCAAAAACAAUCGGAAUAAAUGGCGUAUUUUAAAAGGAGUAGAUGUCCUCCAGUACUGUAUUUAUCAGUACUUCUUCCAGUUUCUGGUGUUUUAUGUUUUAGUGAACUGUUUUUCUACAAGGAGCCACACAAUGUCAAUGUCAUGAGGAAAGAUCCAGUCAUUUUGGACUGUCAAGCCCGUGGGGACUUGCCCAUAUCUAUGAAAUGGCUGAAAAAUGGAGUGAAAGUAGUGGAAAAUGACAGAGUGUAUGCUUUGUCCAAUGGGUCUCUUUACAUUGCCGAAGUGGAAAGUAAAGCGGGGGACAAGUCGGAUGAAGGUUUUUAUCAGUGCCUUGCCCAGAACAAAUAUGGAGCAAUCCUCAGCCAAAAAUCUCGCCUCACCGUAGCUAGCAUAUCUCCUUUUGAAAUCCAGCCUGUUUCUGCAGUUGUACAAGAAGGCUCUGUCGCCAGAUUUUCCUGCAAGAUAAGUGCCAACCCUUUACCCAUUAUCACUUGGGAGUUCAAUCGUACAAUUCUACCGCUGUCCACAGAAAGGAUAACUGUUUUGCCCAAUGGAGUCCUGCAGAUUUAUGGGGUUCAACAAGGAGAUGCUGGAAAUUACCGGUGUGUGGCCACAAAUAUUGCCAACCGGCGGAGAAGCACAGAAGCAACCCUCACUGUUAUCCCAGUUACAGGAGCCAUUGUGCCACGAAAGCCCAGCAUCAUUGCAGGACCACAGAACAUCACAGCAUCUCUUCAUCAAAGUGCUAUCUUGGAGUGUGUUGCAAUUGGCAACCCAAAGCCCAUUGUUUCAUGGAGUCGUUUAGACCACAAGCCAAUCGAUGUAUUCAACACACGUGUUCUGGGCAAUGGGAACCUCAUUAUCUCAGAUGUGAAACUGGAACAUACUGGCGUAUACGUGUGUAGAGCUACCACUCCUGGGACACGCAAUUUCACUGUUGCCAUGGCACUGCUUACUGUUCUAGCUCCUCCAGCUUUCGUUGAAUGGCCUGAGAGCUUGACAAGGCCUCGGGCUGGAACAGCACGGUUUGUUUGUCAGGCAGAGGGCAUUCCUACACCAAAGAUAACUUGGCUGAAAAAUGGUGAAAGGAUUCAUUCAAAUGGCCGUAUCAAGAUGUACAACAGUAAACUCGUCAUAAACCAGAUCAUUCCAGAAGAUGAUGCGAUUUACCAGUGCAUGGCUGAGAACGACCAGGGCUCUAUCCUCUCUACUGCCAGACUUAUUGUGGUCAUGUCUGAAGACCGACCCAGUGCACCCAGGAGUGUGAGAGCUGAAUCUGUGUCUAGUUCAGCAAUUUUGCUGGCCUGGGACCGUCCUUUGUACAAUUCACAUAAAGUUAUUGCCUACUCUGUGCACUACAUGAAAGCUGAAGGCUUAAAUAAUGAGGAAUAUCAAGUUGUUAUUGGAAAUGACACAACCCGAUACAUUAUUGACGACCUGGAACCAGCCAGCAAUUACACAUUCUACAUUGUAGCCUACAUGCCCAUGGGAGCCAGCCGCAUGUCAGACCAUGUGAUUCAGCACACGUUAGAAGAUGUUCCUCUUCGUGCCCCUGAGAUCAGCUUGACGAGUCGCAGUCCCACUGACAUUGUAGUUUCAUGGCAGCCUAUUCCAGCAAAGUUCAGACGGGGCAGCAUUGUGGCAAUUCGUCUCUCUUUUCGUACCAGCACAGAGAAUGCUAUUAACACGCUAGAACUCCCAGGAAGCAUGUCUGAAUACCUGAUUGAAUCUCUGAUUCCAGACACCAUAUACCUAGUCCGCAUAGCUGCUGCCACAAGGGUUGGAUGGGGAGAGCAGUCUGCCUGGACAUCCCACCGAACUCCUAAAGCAUCCAACAUUAAAGUUCCUUUGGCCCCAGAACUUCAUUUGGAACCAUUAAAUUGCACAACCAUCUUGGUGAGGUGGCAGCCUUCCCCAGUUAACAGAGCCAGCAUUCAGGGUUAUAAGUUGUUCUACAGAGAGGAGAGUCAACAGGAGAGAGCACCCAUCGAGCUACGAGCUAAAGAUUCACACCAUACUAUUGGGGGUCUAGACCCCAGAAGGAAGUAUCAUGUGAAACUUUUGGCUUACAGCUAUAUAGGUGAAGGCUAUCAAGCUGAUCAAACUGUCAGCACACCAGGAUGUGUCUCUGUUCGAGACAGAAUGGUACCACCUCCACCUCCCCCUCACCACCUCUAUGCAAAAGCUAACAGCUCGUCAUCAGUCUACCUACACUGGGGAAGACCAGCUUUCUCAUCUGGGCAGGUGGUAAACUAUACUGUUCGUUGUAAUCCUGUUGGCCUUCAGAAUGCUUCCCUGGUUCUUUACCUGCAAACGUCUGAAGCACACAUGCUUGUGCAGGAUCUGCAGCCUUUCACAAAAUAUGAGUUUGCCGUCCGUCUGCAUGUUGACCAGCUUUCCAGUCCCUGGAGCCCGGUGGUAUAUCAGACAACGCUCCCAGAAGUUCCAUCAGGUCCUCCCAUUGGUAUUAAGGUGACCCUAAUAGAAGAUGACACUGCCUUGGUUUCUUGGAAACAACCAGAAGAUCCCAAUGUCGUUGUCUCUCACUACACCAUACUCUAUGCCUCCAGAAAAGCUUGGAUUGCUGGAGAAUGGAAAGUCCUUCAAAGAGAAGGAACACUAACCAUGGCCUUGCUAGAAAACCUUCUUCCAGGAAAUGUCUAUCUUAUCAAGAUAUCUGCCUCUAAUGAAGUAGGAGAUGGGCCAUUUUCCAGUGCCGUGGAACUUCCAGUUUUGUUGAAGGGGGAAACCGCCAAUUCGAAGGUUAAACACCCAGAUGGCAGCACAGAGGCUAAAGCUUACUUUGAAGGUUUUUACCAUUUGGAUCAGAAGUCCAUGACAGGAAUUAUUGUCGGAGUUUGCAUUGCCCUAACAUGUAUCCUCAUCUGUGCCCUCAUCUUGAUCUUUCGAAGUAAAGCCAGGAAAUCAUCUGCUAUUAAAGCAAUCCAGCAGAGUAAUAGUCAUUUGGUUCAUGUUGCGGACAGAAUCUCAUCUGAAAAUGUAGAGACACUGACGCCAAUGAUGACACCAAAUUUUGUUGAUACCAAAGGAGGGACACAUCUGAUUAUCAAUAGCUUUGGGCCAAUCAAACAAAAUAAGCAAACCAAAAAGAAAUGGUGGCCUUUCAACUAUAAAUUCAGAAAAAAUGCAAAUAAAAGCAAGACUCAGCAGAGCUUGCACACAACAUGUGCCUACCAGCCGGGAAACACUGUGCUGACCUAUGAGAAAGAGUCCCCUAUGUCUCCUCACCAACCUUCUCUACAGAUUUUGUUUGGUCCCAUUGGAGAUUCUGAGCAUUCAAACAACAGUGAAGGCAGCCACGAGACUGGAGACUCAGGGAGAUAUUCCCAUGAUGAAACAGAAAUGACUCACUUGUCAUCAGUCAGCAGCAGUGCUAGCAGCGAGCCCCCAUCACUGAAGCCUUUCAUAGAAUAUGAGCAAAGCCCUGUCUCAGACUCGCCUCACUUUGCACUUGAAGUUCCAUCAUCCUGUACCUUGGAAACAUCAAACCAAAUGUGUACUCCACCUGCAUGCCGCCUUUAACUCCAGUAGCCAUCGGCAUCCAAGUCUUGUCUGUUCAUAAGGACAAUGAGCAGUGAAACAAAGAAAAAUAUUCAGAAAGCCUGGAAUCCAUGUGAGGUUGGCAGCUAGGCCAUUGGGAAUCUUCACUUUUGAAUGUUUUCUUUUUUUUAUUUUCUUAGUGUAAUAUCACCCACCUUGAAUGUUACCAAAGAAUGUCAAAAAUGUGAAAUGGACUGUUACAUUUCUGACUUUAU